AUGAUGCCCAGACACCAUUCCGGAGGGUUCGCCAAUGGCUACCCAAGGGGUGACACGUUUGAUAUUUCGCCGCAUAGAUUCCAGCCUCGCGCGUCUGGCCCUGCGUCUCGCCGCCGCAGAAAGCUUUUCGUUCGGAUCGGCAUUGCGGCUGUUCUCAUCACAGCACUCUUUCUGUUCUUCGGACCCUCGAUCUCUCUCGCGUCUGUCCUUUCGCUCGGCUUCCUGGGCGGUGACCCGGAUUUCGACCUCGAAACUGUGCGAUACUACGACCUGAACACUGUUGGCGGGACUGCUCGAGGUUGGGAGAGAGAGGAGCGUAUUCUUCUCUGUGUCCCACUCCGUGACGCGUCUGCGCAUCUGCCCAUGUUCUUCUCUCAUUUGCGCAACUUCACCUACCCGCACAACUUGAUAGAUCUUGCUUUUUUGGUGUCUGACUCUAAAGACAACACGCUUCAGCUUCUGGUCGACAACAUGAACUCGAUUCAGAAUGACGAAGACCCCAGACAGCCCUAUGGCGAAAUUUCGAUCAUUGAGAAGGACUUUGGCCAAAAGGUUAACCAAGAUGUCGAAAGCCGUCACGGUUUCGCCGCCCAGGCUAGCCGUAGGAAACUCAUGGCUCAGGCAAGAAACUGGCUUCUCAGCGCCGCACUGCGACCCUACCACUCAUGGGUUUAUUGGCGUGAUGUCGAUGUUGAGACUGCCCCUUUCACCAUCCUCGAAGAUUUGAUGCGUCACAACAAGGACGUCAUCGUACCCAACGUUUGGCGGCCAUUGCCCGACUGGCUUGGCGGCGAACAGCCCUACGAUUUGAACUCUUGGCAAGAGUCCGAGACGGCGCUCGCGCUAGCUGACACUUUGGACGAAGAUGCUGUCAUUGUAGAGGGAUACGCGGAAUAUGCUACCUGGAGACCGCAUCUUGCGUAUCUGCGUGAUCCGUAUGGUGACCCCGACAUGGAGAUGGAAAUCGACGGAGUGGGCGGUGUAAGCAUCUUGGCCAAGGCCAAGGUCUUCCGCAGCGGUGUCCACUUCCCAGCCUUCAGCUUUGAAAAACACGCUGAAACCGAAGGAUUCGGCAAGAUGGCACGAAAAAUGAAGUUUUCCGUGGUUGGGCUACCCCACUACACCAUUUGGCAUCUUUACGAGCCUAGUGUGGACGAUAUCAAGCACAUGGAGGUACAUAUACUUUGCAAACUCUAUACGGAGACCAUGAAGAGAGUGACUGACGAAUGCCCACAGGAAAUGGAGGCUGAGCGGAAACUCAAGGAAAAAGAAGAAGAAGAGAAAAAGGUCAAAGAGCAAAAGCUUAAGGAAACCUUUGGUGACAGCCAAGGCGAGUGGGAGCAAGAUAAGGCCCAGAUGCAAAGUCUCGAGUCCCAACGCAAGGCUGGCCUGGCAGCGGAGGAGGCCAAGGGUGCGGCAGCAGAAGAGGUCAAGGGUGCGGCAGCUGAAGAGGUCAAGGGUGCGGCCGCCAAGGCCGCAGACGCCGCCGGCGGCAAAUAA